UUGGCAUCUCGCACCACUUCCUGUUCCAGGCAUGGUGGCCAUGCCUUCUCGGGCCACACAAAGGCAGGAGAAUCUUCUGGGCUCCUCGCAGUGAGAUGAGCCCUGCCCUGUCUGCAUGUCGUCUGACUCUCGCCUGGCGUGUCCCUGCCUUUCUCCCGCCUCCUGCCUGCACUGGCACACUGCCCCAGGACCAUGAACAACAGUUCCUGCACCCCCAACGAGCUCACCUGUUCCGUGAUGCCCACACACAUCUCCUACGCCUACCUGGGCAUGCUGCUGGCACUGGGCUUGCCACUCAACGGCCUAGCGCUCUGGGUCUUCUGCUGCCGUCUGCGCAGGUGGACGGAGACCCACGUGUACAUGGUCAAUCUGGCGGCGGCCGACCUCUGCCUGCUCUGUGUCCUGCCCUUCAUGCUCUACUCCCUGAAGGACCGCUCCGAGGACACACUGCUCUGCCAGCUCUCCCAGGGCAUCUACCUGGCCAACAGGUACAUGAGCAUCAGCCUGGUGACAGCCAUCGCCUUGGACCGCUACGUGGCCGUGCGGCACCCACUGUGCGCCCGCGGGCUGCGCUCGCCCAGGCAGGCUGCGGCUGUGUGCGUGGCACUCUGGGUACUGGUGAUCGGCUCCCUGGUGCUUCGCUGGCUCCUGAGGGAGCAGGACGGUGGUUUCUGCUUCUCGAACCAGUGCCGGCAACACCCCCAAACCGUGGCCUUCUCACUGCUGGGCUUCUACCUGCCCCUGGCCGUGCUGGGCUUCUGCUCUCUGCAGGUGUUGACCGUCCUGCGCCAGAGGCCGGACACUGACUCGGGCCAAGCAGAGGCCACCCAGAAGGCCGCCCACAUGGUCUGGGCGAACCUGGUCGUGUUCACGGUCUGCUUCCUGCCCUUGCACGUGGUGCUGACGUGGCGACUGGCUACGGGCCUGAACACCUGUGCCAUCUACGGUGCCCUCUAUGUCACCAGCAAGAUCUCAGAUGCAAACUGCUGCCUGGACGCCAUCUGCUACUACUACAUGGCCAAGGAGUUCCAGGAAGCGUCCGCGCUGGCCGGGCCCCCCAGUGCCAAGGCCUACAAGAGCCAGGAUUCUGUGUGUAUGACGCUGUCGUAAGGGCGAGCACCGGCACGGGGAGCCAGGCCCCGGCUCUCCGGGAGGUUCAGCCUGCUGGGGAGCUCUGUGACAAGCAGCAAGUAGGCCCGGGAUCGGCCCUGAACUUGCCAUGGCUUGUGGGCACUCUCCAGGAGGCCUUCUGGGCACAGUUACCCAGGCACAGAGGCUUGGGAGGCAACAGCCCCACCUCUGGGAUGGAAGAGGGACAGGGAGAGGGAUAGCCAGAGGACUGAGGCCUGAGCAAGUCCACCUGCAGGAACUUGGAGUGGGGUAGCACACCUGCUGUGCCCAAAGCCUGGUGCACCUCCUGGGUGGUGCAAGGCUUCAAUGUCCAGCCUUCUGAUGCCAGCCCGCUGGGGCCGGAAUAAAGCUGUCCACCAGGGCUGGCCCUGAUCAGGCUGUGUGGGUGCCACCUGUGCUCGCCUGGUAAGAGGCGGGAGGGCCGGGCAUCUCCCCAGAUGACUCCCUAUGGUUCUCCACCUGGGGCUCUCCUUGGGCCCUCAGACCUGCUCCCCACCCAUCUGAAGUCUGGUGGGUGCUGUGUACUCCUGGCAGGCGUGCGCUCAAUGCACUCGGCCUGGCUUGCUCCUGCCAAUGCAGGCCCAGGACCCCUCAGCCGACCCCUUGUAGGGGCUGCACAGAUGCGACAGGGUGGUGGAGGCUAGGGGCAGCGGGGACAGGGCGGGUCUGUCGAGGGGACUCUGUCCUGUGUGAACUCAGGAGAACUGAUGCCCUGCCUGGUGGGGGAAGGGCCGGGUGCUCAGCCAGGUGGCUCUGUGCUGAGUCCGCAUCUCCUUGGCCUCCGUGAUGGGGCUGGGAAGCCAGACUCAAGUUGGAGCGACCAGAGGCCCCUGUGCCGGCCCCAGGUGGGCCUGGGUUCAAGGCCAGCUCUGUCUCCUCCCACCUGUGUGUCCUCGGGCACAAAACGACCUCCCUGCCCUGUUUUCCCGCUGUGGUGGGAGCGAGAAUAUGACCACAUCCUACCAGGGCCGGCCUGCCCGUCCAGGUGUUCAGCCUCCACCCGCCCUCACCCUUCCUCAGGCUUCCCCUUACUGAAAGCCCUUCUCAGGGGAACCCCACCUGUGUCCCCUUUCUUAGAACCCAAGCCUUUGGUGGCCUCUGGCCACCAUGCCUGCACACCUGGGAGGGGCGGGGCUGCAUUCUGUCCUGGGAAGGCACAGGGUGGCCAGGUGUGUCCAGUGGGUCAGGAACGGGGCAAACACAGGCGUGAGGAUUCUGGUGUGAGUGAUGGCAGAGCUGUAAGUGGCCCCCUGUAGGCAGCCUGCACCCUCUCCUGCCUCCACCCUGCCCCCAUCCCUCCUGUGCCCUGACACAGGUGGUGGCCUUUGGCUAGCCGCACAGCCUUCAGCCCUUCCCAUCUGCCCCAAACUCCCCAAGCCCGAUGUCCCCAGGAAUGCUUCCCAUGGCUCCCCACACCCCUCACCCCAGCCAGUCUCCCCAUGUGUCUGCCCCCGACCCUGGUCCUCCAGCACCCCAACCCUGCCUGCUAUCCUCACAGCCCUGCCCUGCUGUGGGCAGGGCCAAGCUGACGGUGUCCAAACCUGGCUUAUACCCCCCUGGCCCUCCAGGGGUUUGAUUUCCAGGGAGCGGAGGAGCAGUGGGAUGAUUCUUACUUCAGAUGGGCUGCCCUCUGCACUGACCAAUGACACAGGGCUGAGCAUAAGCACCUGGUCCUGUCCUUGGCCAGACUGGGGGUCAGAGAGGUAGGAGAACCGGGCCUGGGACUCAGCUCCAGCACCCCCACCCCACCCAGCACUGAGGGACUGAGGAGGGGGCUCAGACGGCCCGUGAGACCAGCAACAGGAAAGAGCUUCAGAUGGAAAGGUUACUUCUGGCCAGGUGGUAGUGGCCUCCUAGGGCCUUGUGUUAAGAAGGAUUCGGAGGUUGCUGUGGGCUCAGAGGCACAGCUGAUGUGACAUCUGCACAAGUUGCAGCUGAGCCCUGCCAUGCGCCCACGUGUGCCCUGCCAGGGCUGUCCUCUCUGGGGUGGAGGAAAUGAAAGCAGUGGGAGGGGAGAAACCCGCAGGCCUCCAGGCGGUGCUGCUGGUGGGCGGCACCCAGCUCUCCAAGGACCGCCCCCUCCUACGGAUGCACUGCUGUCCACCUCGCUGGCCCUUGGGGGUGCUAUGCCCCCCAGUCUCUGGCUGUGACUGGGGGUGCACACAUUCCCUUUCUGUCUGGCCCGUCGGGGCUUGAAGCACAGUGGAGGCAGCUGGACUCCCACGAGAUUCCUGAAGGAACCAUGAGGAAAGGAACAGAGGCGAACAUUGUCCAGCAUCCCAGGAGCUGGCUUCUGAGCUCUGAUGACGACUCAAACACUCUGAGCAUCCUACACCAGAGGAGGGGCUCUGGGCGGGGCCAGGCCAAGGGGAAAGCCUCCCCCAGCAUGAGGCUGCCCCUGCCACCCACCCUCCAGGGCCCAAGGGCUGCCUGGUACUUUGACAGGACAAUUAGCAAUGAACAGGCUUCUGAAAGAAAAGCCAAUUCAUUUUGAGGCUGCAUCCAGAGAAGUACAGGGCUCAGAAGGUGGGAGACAGAAGCUGAUGCCCCCUCUGCCAGGGUCACACCUGGGUAUUUUAUCUGGCUAGAGGCCUGUUGAGCACAGAGCACUGGGGGAGGCUGGUGAGGGCUUGGCAAGCCAGACCCCUUGGGAAGAGCCAGAGGAAGUGUGGGUGGUCAGCUGAUGGUGGGAGCUCUCCUAGGAAGUGGUGGCCAUCUGUAAUCCACCAUGGAGCAGACAGGUUAGGGGGCUACAGAGUCUACACGCAGAGAACUGCCCAGAACCAAGCUGCUUCUGACCAGAGAGCGGGGUUUGAUGCAGAAUCUGAGUGGCCAACAAUUUUCCUACAGAGACUGAGCUGCUGCUGGGAAGCCCCAUGUCACCCUGUUCCUAACAGUCUGCUGUCUGCCUGGCUGGUGCCUGUUGCCUUACAGCUGCCAAACCGUUUGUUCCCCCCGCGCUCUUCCCAGGAUUUCAC